UUUGUGCUCACCUGUGUUGUAGUGGAAGAAACGAAGCCACGACGUCCCCAGACGGCCAAAAGCAAUCCACCUGACCACCUCCAUGUUGCAGUGAAUCAAAACCCCAAACACAACACCUACAUUCCUACAACAACACCAAUUUUCUUCCUGAAAUUAAUGCAACGCAACACACCCAUGUCAUCUUCCACCACGAAAAAACGAAGAGAGAAAAACUCAGAGCUUCGAUUGAUCAUCAACAAUGGCGGUGGAUCACUACAGAAUACUAGGAAUCACGAAAAACGCUUCGAAAUCAGAAAUCAAAGAAGCUUUUCGUAAAUUGGCGGUUCAAUUCCACCCCGAUAAACACGCGCAAUCCUCCAAGCCUUCCAGAGAUGCCGCAACUGUCAAAUUCAAGCAGGUUUCUGAAGCUUACGAGAUUUUAAUCAAUGAUCGCACGCGUUCUGAGUACAAUUUUAGCCGGUACAGAAGUUCAAGUGGUUAUUCUAAUAAUAACUAUAAUUCCAAUUUCUAUCGCCGUGGUAGUGGUGGUUCUUAUCAUCGGCCACCGCCGUCGUCGUCCGGGGCUAAUCGGUUCGUGUCCAAUUUAGAUGCUGUUUUUCGGUAUAUGAGGACUCGCUCUUUCAUUCUAAAUCUUGCCUUUGCCGGUAUACUACUUGGCGGGACGGUAGCAAUUGACACAAGUGGAGAGGCUCUGUGGAAGAUGCAAAAUCCUGGGAAAUCAUUUGAAGAAGCAAUGAAGACUAUUGAGAAGAACAAAAGGCCGGAAGACGGGCAGUAGAUAAUUGAUGCUCUUAUUAACAAUUAACUUGGUUCAACUUGAAUAGAAGCCACUUUGGUGCGGAUUAUUCAGCUGGUUUACUGCUAGGAGUUUGGUGGAGAAAGAGAGGCGGUCGUAACUUGAGAGUUGUUGCUGUCAUUUAUAUAGGAAGCAUGUGUAUAUAUACUUCGUAGUCAUACUAGUAUAUAAAAAUCUAAUUUGUACAUCAUCAAUUUUUUUUUAAAAAAACUGUACUUUAUUAGUGUUAAGUGUUAA